AUGUCGGAUUUAGACCGUGAAUAUCCGAGAGCGGAAAGUGGAAGAUCGUUUCUACCAGAAGAAGAAAAAGAAUUUGUGAAACUCUUCAAUAAACAAAAAUUCAGACCUAGAACAGCUAUUUUAACAGUGUGGUUUGACUAUCCCAAAAACAUGUUCUUCCAACCGAUACCAGCUAAAGAUAAAAUCACUUUCACGAAUAAAGAAGGUAAAAAGGAAACUGGCAACAAAAUCAGGUUCAGAAAUGGUUUCUGUCACGACGUUUUAACAUCGGUCGAUAUUCAAGAAAUAGUGAAAGCCGGUGGACGAAUUAUUAGAAUAUUAGAUGGUAUAGUUUACGAAGAAAAUUUUAAAACUCCACCCUAUAGAGAUUAUAUCUUAAUUUUGAGAGAUCUAAGAAAUAAAUAUAAACGAGAAGGUAAAAUCGUGGGUAGUAAUUGCAUGAAAUUAUUAGGUAAUUCCUUGUAUGGUAAAUCAAUUCAGAAAGAUAUAUUCACAACUAGACAUUUAUGGAAUGAAGCAACCUUACAGGCCAACUUUGAUUCACGCGUUAAAACCUAUGAGAAAAUUAAUGAUACUCAAUAUAUUGUUGAAACAGAAAUUGAAGAAAAAGAGACCGAAGAUAGUAAAUCUACACGACUAACACCUAGUCAUUUGGGAUCAUUCGUUUUAUCUCACAGUAAAAAAAUAAUAAACAAUUUCAUUCACGUCAUAAAUGGAUUUUAUAAACCCGAAAUUUACUAUACCGACACCGAUAGUUUGUACAUUUCAUCCAAAAAUUGGAAAAAACUAAACAGAGCUGGUUUGGUCUCCGAAAAAGACUAUUGCAAAGGUAAAAACGAUUACGGUGACGGUGGAAUUAUAUUUGGUUUAUAUUUAGCACCAAACGUCAAAUACAACAUCGUUUUGACUUCUGAUGGUGUCUUAAAAGAAAAGAAAACGUUUAAAGGUUAUUCUAAUGAUAAGAUAAGUGUAGAAGAUUACGUUCAGUUAGCAAGCGGACAUGAUGUGUCGAACGAAUUUAAUAAACCAUGA